AUGCCUGCAGCAACGAAACUGACAGAUUGGAAACAAUUUUAUCCCGGAAUGAACACUAUGGUGGUUGAAGUGAAUGGCUCAGUAUCAUUUCAUUCUGGCUACUAUGCUUCUAUUGAUUUACUGUUCAAUAACAUCACAAAUGAUGAAUCAUCGUCGGUAAAACAAUGUAAAACAAUCAAAUCAUCAUCUACCGUGAAAUGUCUUCAACGAAGAACAUUCACCAGUUGUACUCCGCUUACUCUUCCUAAUACAAAACCUUCAGUAGUUAUCGACAUACGCAUAUUAGUAUCUAUUAUUGCAUUCAUUCUGUCACUCCUAUUAGUAUUUAAUAUUCUAGUUUGCUCCUAUAUUAAUGCUCGUAAAAGACGUAAAAACAGUAAUUUAUAUCACGGUGAACCGGCUUCACCGCUAAACUAUGUACAAUACAAACCUCUGCGACUACCUAUAACAAACGAUCAGCAAUUAUCAACUACCAACGCAAAAACUGUUAAAGAUAGCGAAAUUUUAAUACGUUUAGUACAAAAUGAAUUUAUUGUUUAA